AUCAGUGGUUCAGGGCAUGACAUUUCGGGUAGUAAACGUUGUUUGGGUCAGAGGGUGUUGCCAAACAACCACCUACACUAAUUUCGUGCUUUCGCCCAGACCACUAGCUACCAGUGCUCCGACAUUAUAACUUAUGGACCUUCGACUAUUGCUCACAUGAAUCCAUCAGAAUCAAAGAACAAACAGAAUCCGUGGUCAUUUAAUCACCGUACUCGAGCUCAUUAUGCAUUCGACUCUGGAUCUGACUCUGAAUCCGAGGCCGAAAUUAACUCUAAAGUCAAUAUUCCUUCCGACGACACUAGACUCAUUCAAGAGCUCGAUAUCUCUUUGCGGCACGAGACCGUGGAGUACAAACCCAACCCAUGGAGUAUUGCGCGUAUUAAUGCUGUCAGUCGUCUCCCGAAUAAGGAACCCCCCAAGCAGGCUAUCUCAGAGGACAUACGACAAAAAUCACAGCCACGGGCACCACGGGGUCGAAUUGUGGAUGCAUUCAAAGUUCAGGCAGAGCGCAAGCCGCGUCGCGUACCCCCUCCUUUGAAGGCACCCAAGGUUACAAAGCCCAAGUCGAAUAUGCCUCAGGUCUCUCGGGAGCACCAAGUUUGUUCACACAUCCGGAGAAUGAGUAGCCCUGGACCAGGGGACUACUCGCAGCACGAUAAUGCAUUGUUUCUCGCCAGUGGGUUCCAAACCAGACCUUCGGACAUGCCUGCUACCUUGUUGUCCAACGCUCCCCAGGGGGACUUCCACGAUCAGCGAGUCCAACCUCAUCCGGGUGUCCCAAUUCUACCCUGCACUACAGAUAGCGAGCGCGGCAACAUUCAAAUGAGUCACGAGGCACUCUUACAACGAAGCGAAGCGCAUAUAUCCACCCCCGACAUGAGUCUGUUGCCACAAUCACGAUAUGACGUGCGAUUCAUGUCUAUGUCAUCUCCGCUCACCAGCCGUGACUAUCCAGUGAAUGUUUCACACCUUCGACCAGGAGGCUAUCAAUCUUCUCCGCCAAGACCUUUCCAUAGAAAUAUCAAUACUCCUCAGAGAGUGCUUCCGUGUAACCAAUCCUCCUCACAAUUUCGCCGUGGCAUACAUCUUACUGGUAAUCGUGAGUACCUCGGUGCGCUUGCGUAAUAUAUGAUGGACGUUUUCUGCAACUCCGCAGAGCGUUUUCAAGCGUUGUCUGCAUCGCCCGUUCCCCAUGUUCCAGCGGUGAGGUCCUGCCGCGCAUUGCCACCUGCGAUGGUUGAAGGAGAGCCUCCGUCAAUGCCGCAGUGGCUGGCCUCCACCAUUCACAGCUCCCUCAACCCCCCACUAGCUCAAGCAG